AUGGGCUUUGAUGUGAUCAUGUGCUUCACUGUGAACGUGUGCUUUAAUGUGAACAUGUGCCUCACUGUGAACGUGUGCUUUAAUGUGAACAUGUAUUUCACUGUGAUCACGUGUUUCACAGUGAACAUGUGCUUCAAUGUAAACAUGUGUUUUACUGUGAACAUGUGUUUUUCUGUGAAUGUGUUUGGCAUGUUCAUUGUGAUCAUAUGUUUCAUGUGUCUCACUGUGAUCAUGUGUUUGUUUCGCUCUAAGAUGCCUUGA